AUGACCAUCCCAAUCCCUACUGUCCAAAUGACCCAAGGAAACAAGGCCCUCGUGCCCCAUCUAACCAAGCCUGUCGCCGUGCACACCCACUCCCCAGGUCCUGCGGACACCUCCCUAGCCUCUGCCGCGCCCCUCCCAGCCGCCAAGGCCCUGCCCAAGCCCCCGGCCCAGCUGUCCAGGCCCUGCUCAAGCCCCCAGCUGUCCAGGCCCUGCCCAAACCCCCAGCCCUCCAGGCCCUGCACAAGCCCCUAG